AUGGCUGGUGACCGAUCAAGAACGUCCAGCAAGAGAAAGGGAUCUGACCACAGCACUGACCAACAGAAGGGAGCAUUAGCUAAGAAGAGGAAGACUUCUAAUGAAGACGAAAACUUUUCCAAUGGCUCUGUGUUUUGUCAGCUGCUUGGAAAAUGUGGACUUACAUUAAAGAACAGCAAAAAGUUCAACACAUUAAAUGUGGACCAAGCUAUAUUCCAACGAAACCUGCAGAUGGCUCUGAAAUGUCCUGAGGUUGUGGAUGAGUUUGUUGAAGGUUUCCUUGAGUUCAUUGAAGACCAGACAAGAUUUCACUACAGCCUUCUCCCAACCAGUUCAACAUCAGACUGUGAUCUGGCACGGAACGGAGGACAGGACUGUGUUAUACGUCUUAUGUUGGGUGUGGACAUACUGCAGCCAAAGUUGAUGAAUGCUUUACUGGAGAAGCUUGCAGAGUUCAUGGAAGACGAAGAUCAUUCUAUAUUUGAUCAUGGAGAGAAAGUGAACAUACCUCGCCUGCUGAUGUGUCAAUUUAGGUGGCUGGAUAACAUCGUCCAUGGCAAGGAGGUGACAGAUAAGAUGUUGGAAAUGAUUGGCAUCGUGUCCCUUGAUAUACAAAGGGAAAUAAUCACCUGCCUUCCUGAAGUUGUGGAAGAUUCUGAGCAUGGAGAAAUAGCUAAAGCCCUAAGGGAACUUCUGCUGCAGAAUAACCAAUUGACUGUUCCUGUACUGGAUGCUUUGUCUAACCUGACCCUUACUCCAGACCUGUUAUCUGAGGUGAGAGGAUCACUGCUGCUGACGUUGGCAUCAGUAAAGAUGGAAGAUUUACCAGUCGUUAUCAAGUUCCUUUUUGAGUCGGUCAACAAUCAGGACACUGUUGAGAUUGUGAAAGAAAUUCGUACCAAUCUUGACUUCAACUCCAGUUUCAACCCCAAGAUCACUUCCACACCAUUUACAGCCAAUGGAGGCAAGAGGGGAUCAGAGUCUGAGAUAGAGAGUGCCAGAGGCUCAGAGCUGCUAACCUUGGAUGCCAUCAAAUCAGGAAUACACUUCCAGAAAAAUGUAGCAGAAGCUUGGAUAAAGGUGAUUGAUGGGGUAAAACAGCCAGGUGACCACAAAGUGAUUGACAUUUUUGUUCUUCUCAUACUGCACACCACCAAUCGUAAGAAGGCUGUAGUGAGUCUUUUCCGUAACAAGAUUCGGGCUGGUGGCUUCACUGAGGUGUUGGUAAAGGCAGCAUUUAAGGCCCACUCACAGGUAAUGCGGGACUACUUUCCGUCCUUCUUGUCACUUGCAGAGAUUCUGCUGCGGUCUCCAGAACCUGCAGUCAUGUAUUUUGCUUGUGUUAUGUACAAGCAAGCAUUCACAGCAUUUGACUCCUUCUUUCAGCAGGAAAUUGUAGGAAACCUGGUGACUCACAUUGGAAUCGGGUUUGAAGGUGAGAUCGACUCUUCGCUUGACAUUUUGGCUGAACUUGUCGAUACACAUCUCUCAAUGAUGGCACCUUUUGCAAUAUUUGUCAAGGGUGUUCUGGAUUACUUAGACAACCUCUCUGUGAUACAGAUACGCAAACUCUAUUCCAUGCUGAGUAUGUUGGCAUUCAGGAAUUCUUCAGAAGGGGGACUCAUACAGGAUGACCUUCAUAUUUUGAUCAGGAAGCAGCUUUCCAGUAAUAUUCCAAAGUACAAGAGGAUGGGAGUGAUAGGGGCAAUCAUGAUCAUCAGGAGCAUCACCUGUAAAAGAACAAACCCAGCCAGUCUUCAACUUGAGUCUGUGCCUCUGACUGAUGAUCUCUACAAACAAGUGAUCAGUCUCCUACAGUUAGUUAAGACAUCAAGCAGCCGCAUGCCUGAGGUGGCAUCUCUCUUCAUGGAUGAGCUAGCAGCUAUCAUUCACGGUGGCCACAUUGAUUCUAAAAUUGAGGCAUGGAUUAGUGACAAUGUUAUCACAGACUUCCAGGACGAUUAUGUGGUUGACAUUGAGGAAGUACCAGAUAAAUGCAAGUUUGUGGUUCCAUUUGAGAUGAAAUACAGUCUAGAUGAUGAUGUGGAGGGAUCCAUUGCUAUCAAUAUCAUCCCACUGGUGGAAAGGAGUAUACAGGACAGGAAAAAACAGCAGCCGCAAAGGAAUGAAAAUGGAAGAUCUCCAGAUCCUGUGUGUCUAUCGUCUCAUUUCCGUCUACUGCGGAUCUGUGAAGAAAUGCAACAGGGAGAUCUUGCCAACAUUGAUGCACUUCUGGGUUGCCCACUAUUGCUGCCAUCCCCUGAGACUUUUGAGAAAAUUACGAGUUUAUCACACAGAGAGAAAGAGAUUGUUUGUUCAGCUCUGUUCACUGGCCUCAACUGGUUCAAAGAAAUUAUCAAUGCCUUUGCCUCCCAGGACGACCUUGAAAUGAAAGGCAAGGUCAUCAAAAGAGUUCAGAACAUUACAGAACUACAAGACUUGCUUGAGAAAUGCUUGGCAGCCACACCAAAUUUCAAACCUCAGCCUGCCAAUUUUGACUUUUGUGAAUGUCCUGCUCCAACUCUACAGACUGCUAAUGUAGUGAGUAAAAACAAGAAGAAGGGCAAGAAAACAGGCAAAAAGAAAAAGGCUGACAAAGAAAAUUCACCAGAAGAGGAGAGUGAUGAUAACAGUAAGAAUGCUUCAGUCCUAAGCAAAACAAUGGCCGACACACAGGUGGAUGAUGGAACAGAACAGUCUGAUCAAGCAGUUGUCAGUUUCAGUAAAUACAGACCUUUUCUCAGGGAGUUUGACAUCAGCGUUUUCACCAUUUUACAUACAGGAACAGUCAUGGACAAAGCAUUGGACACAGAUCUUAACACCAAGGCAACCACAGAGCUGUUGAUCCAGCCAAGACAGCUUGAGUUUCUGUUGGAGGAUCUUACCAGUAAACUAAACCACAUUCUGAUUUCCUCUACAUCUACACGGAGGUCGUUUUUCAAGACAAGGGUGGCGAAGAACAUAGGAUUUUCACGUUUGGAACAACAUUGUCCUAAAACAAUUGUUCUCAAGACAAUAAAGCUGUUACCAGCCCUGUGUAACCACCUGGAGGGUGCCAGCGGGUUUUUCCAGACCAUGAUUGCAGAAAAUGAUGGUGUGAUGGACGGACCAGGCAGUAAUAAGCCGGAGGCUAUCUUAAUGGGAUCCUGUUUCCAUCUAUUGCUACAGUGUUUACUGUCAUUAUUCUCAUGGAAUGGAUUCUUGAUGACAGAAAACAAGCCUCUUUUGAAGGAAGCACUAGGAGUCCUGGUGGCAAGGAUAAAGACAUUCACAGCAUCCCAGAUAGGGCUUAAAGAGCUUGUCAGAACCUCCUACCAGUACAUUGCAAAUUUUGCAAGUACAGUGCCAAACUUGACCACUUCAGUGACUUUACUCAGAGUCCUGCUCACACUUGGGGACAAAGUUGUCACUGAUGACCUUCAUUCCAAAAUAGCGACAAUAUCGGAGGAGUUCCUAAAGCGGGAAUGGAUUGGAACUGAUGGUGAGAGGGAGAAGGGAGCUAAAUAUAAUGAGAACCUACAGUUUGUACUUAGGACCUACCUCAGUUAUUCUGAGGACUCUUUGUCAUGUGUAGAAACCAUAGUGACCAAGGGAAUAACAGAGUUACUGGAGAUGGACAAGAAUGGCAGCUCUGACUUGUAUCCUACACUGACUAAACACUCAUUCUCAGUGUUCUACAGGAUAAUGUUCAAUGAAUUGAUUGGAUGCCUCAAAAUAAUCACACCUGUAAAACAAAGUGACACUAGAGAGAUGAAGCUAGACUGCCUGUUGAGAUGGAAUCAAACAGUUCGUAUAUUACACAUACUGGUGAACCUUAUCAAGGCUUUUGAUGGAAGGAUGAAUCUGGGAACAGCUCUGAAGUGUGGUCGCCAGUUCCUGGACAUAUUCUUGCGACAAGGAAUGCCACUGUUGGACAGCUUGUUUCGGUCACAUAGAGAAGAUAUUCAAAGUUUGCUCAAAAACCUACAGCUUAGUACACGUGCACUCCACCAUAUGUGUGGUCACUCAAAGAUAUUGAGAGACCUAGCACUGACCAAUCAGGUGCCAUUUUUGAAGAAAAGUCUGGAGACAUUUGUGUACAGAGUCAAAGUCAUGCUCACAGUCAACAAGUGCUUGGAGGCAUUCUGGCUUGGCAACCUCAAAAACAGGGAUCUUAAGGGUGAAGAAAUAAUGUCCCAGACAUCAGUUGUGGAAGAGGAAAAGGAAGAUGAAAGUGAUGAAGAGGAAUCUGUUCCCGAUGAAGAAAGUGAUGUGGAAAUGGAUAACCAGAGUGAGGCAGGAAGUGAUGAAACAAAAGGAGACAGUGAUAAUGAGUCCUGCAGUCAAAUGUUUUAA